GUCCAAAACAUGAAAAGCUAUGGGGUUUCAAACUUCGAGGUAAUGGUAUACUUCGUGGUGACCCAUUGAAUGAACCAAUGAUAUAUACUGAAUGGGAUCAAUCAACUGAAACGAAAGGCGUAAGAAUAUAUGUAUUUGACUCGAAAACAGAUGAAGACCAUCCGUUUAUAAAUGCAUUUUUCAUAACUAAUGGUCUACUGAAAACACCAACUGAUGUUGGUGAAGAAUCAAAUGGUUCGUGGUCAUGGGACCUUACUGGUAAAAACAAGAAUAAAUUACCGAGAGCUAAGCUUUAUGGUAAAAAUGUAAAGAAACAAUCUGUUAAUGGAGGCUUUACAACUUCUUGUUUAUUGGAAUCGGUUACUGUUAAAGUCUCAAUGGUGAUGGUUGCCAUUGAAGAACAGUGUAAAGAUAAAUUUGUUGAUGGUGUGAAAUAUUUGAUAAUAGAUGGUGGUCAACAAUUUUUGAAACGAAGAAAAG